AACCAUCGACAUGCAGAACGUAUUGUGACCGUUCAACAACAAACAUUUAAAACUUGAGUCUCCAAAUCAACAUAUGGGAAUCUCAUCAAAAUGCUUCUCGUUAUAUCCUUGUUGAUCACAUCCACAUUUUUAGGUAAGUGAUUAUAUGCUACAGCAGCUUUGGAAAUAUCAGAAACAAAAAUGAAAAGAACUAUUCAUUGUAGACUAGACUGUUUUAUUUCUUGAAAAUCUGCAUUUCUGGGAAGGAUUGAAAUGUGGAAAAUAAAUUUUUGGACGCUAUGAAUCUUCCACAGAUAAAGCAUCACUCCAUGUUUAUUUAAAAAGUAUAGAUAUAUAAUUUAAUGAGAACAGGUAUGGAUUUAUGUAUGUAUGUAUAUGUUUGUGUUGUGAGAAUCAAUAAUUUCUGUAGUAUUUGCAGUUUGUUCUCUCCCAGUAUCUUGGAAUUAUGCAGCUGAGCUUAGAAUGGACAAAAUAGUAAAAAUUAAGAAUGUAAAGAAGAUGAUCCAAAAGGGUUCAUGAGUAUUAAACCUGUUUUCCUGGCACUAUAGGCUCUUGGAGUGCCCCCCUCCCUUGGCGCUGAAGGGGUUAAAACCUCUCCUCCCCCACCGACGCUAGAUUUUUGUUGAGCCAAAUGCACAUGUGCCACCAGAGGCGCGUGCGCAUUUAAACCCACCCAUAAGAAAAUCAUUACUCAAUGCUUUCCUAUGGGGAUCUUUUUUGACACUGGAGGUCCGUGAGGAUGUCCAGCGUCAAAUAAGUGUGUAAAUUGCGGAAGCGCCUCUAGUGGCUGUCAGUGAGAGAGCCACUAGAGGCUGGAUUAACCCUGCAGUGUAAACAUAGCAAUUUCUCUGAAACUAAAGGGACCUGGCACCCAGACCACUUCAUUGAGCUGAAGUGGUCUGGUGCCUAUAGUGGUCCUUUAAACAUUUUUUACACUCUCAAUAUAAAUAAGAUUUUUGUGAUCAGUCAAAACAUAAAGAAGCUCUAGAAUAACAGAAAGUAGAUGAUGCUGUGAACAGUUUUACUGCUAUAAGAUCCCAUGUUUAGUGAAAAGCUAGUGCGUUGCAUGCAUUGUAGUUGCCGCACUGUACCAGUCAGCAUUUCCUUAUAGAAAUGCAUUGACUCAACACAGUGUUUGAUGUCUCGAUGCAGUGGUGCAGAGAGGCUCGAACAUUGGACCUUCAAUCUUUGCAGGACUGAACCCAGUCUGUCCCUCUAGUGGCUAUCCGAGUGACAGCCACUAGUGGGUGCAAUAAGCAGCAGCAAACACUGAAAAGGUCUAUGAAAAGGCAGUGUUUACCUACAUACAUCUGCAGUAGUUCUGGUGCAUGGUGUGUCCCUUUAACAUUCAGUCAUGAUUUGGCCAAAUUCAGGGCCGGAUUAACAUAGGGGCUGAUGGCCCAUUGAUUUAAAAAAGUGUCUCAGUGUUCCCAUGUCUUCCAGUUUUCCCAAGUGUCUCAGUGUCCCUAUAUCUCAGUGUCUCCAUGUGUGUCUGUUUUCCCAUGUCUCAGUGUCCCCAUGUGUGUCUGUGUCCCAAUGUCUCCAAGCAUCCCCUAGUGUCUCAGUGCUCCCAGGUCUCAGUGUCCCCUAGUGUCCCCAUGUGUCCCCUAGUGUCCCUGUGUCUGUGUCCUCGUGUCCCCAAGUGUCCCCAAGUGUUUCAGCAUCCCCAGAGGUCUCCCUGUGUUCCCAUGUCUAACAGUGUCCCCUGGUGUGUCAGUGUCCCCAUGACUCCCAGCAGCCUUUACCCCAUCCCUCACUUCCGUGAUCUGUAAGCUGUCUCUGCAGGUUGGGAGCUGCUCUCUGCACUCUCUGUGCUUUGUAGCUGCUCCCCCGCAGAUCAGUGAGUAGAGAGAUGCAGGUAUAUGCUGUAACUUCCUAUCCGUGCCUCGCUCUACACACACAGCAACCCCUAGUGGCCAGUCAUGGUAUUGCAGAGCAGUCUCUGUUUAUACUGAGAAAAAUACCGGCAGAAAAAUGCCGGUAUUACUGCAUUAUCGGCACCGACCAGGCAGCCACAAAUAAAUACUGGCCAGAUGACAAGAUGGCAACCCUAAGAGUAGUUUGUAAAAAAAAAAAAGUAAAAAACAUUUUUUUUUUUUUUUUUUAAAUCAAUGGGCCUUUUCCAUGGGCCUGGGACUGGAGCUGCAGCUCCAUCAGCCCCUAUUUUAAUCCGGCCCUGUGUACGGCUCAUCUUCAGCCCGACGAUCAACUGUCCUACCCCUCCUGUUGUGAGCUUUGCUAUUGUGUAUCCUUCAAUAUCCUUAUCACCUCCUCCUCAUUUUAGAGGCGAUGCUCAGGAGUGUUGUGGAUUUCUUAAUCAAAUAGAAUAUCAUUUUGAGGCGUCUCCUGGAUCAUUCCCUUCUGAUAGAUCCAGGUAAGGCCCUAACAUGGGCCAAUCAUCUAUGGGAGAGCAAUAAAUGUAUAGCUUAUGACUAUAAAGAAUUCCUUGCUGAGUUUAAACUGACAUUUGAGCCAUUGGGUAAAGAGAAAACCACUGCCAAAGAAUUAAUGCAUAUAAAACAAGGCAAUAGGUCUGUUGCAGAGUACGCCAUUGAAAUUCGUACCCUUGCUUCAGAGGUCGACUGGACUAACAGCGGUUUAAUCACUGCCUUUUCUGAAGUUCUGUCUGAUGCAGUACUUGAUGAGACUGCUGCUAAAUAAUUACCAGAAAAACUUAAUGAGUACAUCACUUUCAUGAUGCAUAUUGAUAACAGUCUAAGAGAUAGAGACAGAACAAGAAAUAGAACAUUCCCACUUGUCUAUUGCCCCCCAUUUCUCCGCUCCUAUUUAACCUGCUCCAUCUCCUGCUCCUGGACCUGAACCCAUGCAAUUAGGGGUGAUGAGAUUAUCUGAGGCUGAAAACCUAUAUAGGAGUAAUGAAGAACUAUAUUGUGGAAAAAAGGGUAAUUUGAGAAUAUCUUGUCAUAUUCGGGCCGGAAAACUUGCGCACCUAAGAACCGUCCUGGGACCAUCCUCGGGUGUGAUGUAUAUGUCCCCUGGUAUGCCUCAUAAUAGGUUUAUGCUUUUUUUGUUUUUGCCCAAAGCAAUAAUGUAAAUUUCUCAUUUGAUGCCUUGACUCUGGUGCGGCUGAAAACUUUGUAGACCAACUGUUUGUUAUGAACCAUGUAGUGCUGCUCAAAUAAAGAACCACACCUUUGGCCGUUGAGGCCAUAGAUGGUAGACCACUGUCCCAACCUCUGAUCACACAAGAAACCUUACCUCUUACCUUAACGGUAGGGGCUUUACACAAGGUCCUUAUCACCUUCCAAGUUAUUUCAUCUCCUUCUUGUCCCAUAAUACUUGGUUUUCCAUGGCUUUUCAAGCACAAUCUGCAUAUAGAUUGGGUUAAGGGUGAGAUUCUAGAAUUGAGUGGUGAAUGUAGACUUAAGUGUCUAAGAGCUUAGUCAUGGUUAAUGUACCUACUACUGCUCCUCUUUCUACUGAGGUUCCUGUCCCCUAUUUGGAGGUUAAAGAAGUGUUUAACAAAGUACACACUGAUGUUUUACCUCCUCACAGGUCUUACGAUUGCUCCACUGAUUUUCUUCCUGGUACUAUACUCCCUAAGGGUGGCGUAUAUACCUUAAGAAAGAAAAAAUUGAGGAAUAUAUAAACGAGUCCUUGUCUAAAGGUCACAUACAUAGAUCUUCUUCUCCAGCCAGUGCUGGUUUCUUCUUUGUAUCUAAAAAAGGAGAUCUAAGCCCCUGUAUUGACUAUAAGGCAUUAAAUAAGUUCACUGUGAAAAAUGCCUAUCCUAUACCGCUGAUUUCCAAAUUAUUUGACAGACUCCAAGGUGUCAAAUUUUUUACCAAACUCAACCUUAGGAGUGUGUAUAAUUUGGUGAGGAUAAAGGAGGAAUAUGAGUGGAAAAUGACUUUCAAUACUAGAAAUGGGCAUUACGAGUAUUUAGUCAUGCCUUUUGGCUUAUGUAAUGCCUCAGCCAUAUUUCAGGAUCUUAUAAACGAUGUAUUUAGAGAAUUAAUUUAUUUGUUUGCUUUGGUGUAUCUCGACGAAAUACUCAUAUAUUCUUCUGAUCUCUCCACUCACCACGGGCAUGUAAAACAAGUUUUGCAAACACUACUAAAAAUGGGUUAUACUGUAAAUUUGAAAAGAGCAGAUACUUGAACCUUAAGGGUUGAUAACCUCAGACCCGCUUGAAGGCCGUCUUGCAGAAUAUGCAAAAUUAUAUCAGUUGAAGGAGAAGGUCUUAGGCAAUGAUGAUACCAAUGAUGAUACCAAUGAAGGAAUUUUGUCUAAAUUAUCAAGUAGAUAUCAGAGGUAAAUCUUCUGGUAGAAUUAAGAAGAAUCUUGAAUCUUUCUUUUUUUAAUACCCUUGUGAUGUAGGAUUAGCCGUGCAGCAGCCAAGCCGUCAAUUUGAACAUCUUCAAUACUUCUUUUGGAAUCCCUUAGUUCUCCAGGAGCUCUGUUGACAGUGGAAGUUACCAGUACUUCAAAACCAUUGCCUUCAAAACCAAGAACCAGCUCCAGUUUGGCCAGUAUGGAAUUAUGGCCAGUACGACUGCCUUCUCUGUUCUCACUUUUUCCAAAAUUCGUGGAAUUAGGCUUACUGGGGGAAAUAUGUACACGAGGCUGAAGUUCCACUUGAUUGAAAGACCAUCCAGAACCAGACGCAAGUCUGAGUUGAAGAGGGAGGCAAAUGCUUGUACCUUUGUGUUUGAUAAUCUCGCCAUGAGAUAUAUGACAGGCAGACUAAAUAUUUUCACAAGCUGAGAAAAAACGACUAGAUUCAGAGACCAUUCAAUCUGGGACCAUCUUGUUCUGCUUAGAUAUGACACUGCAGGUGCUCUCCCCAACCUGUAUUUUAAGCAUCUGUGGUAAUUAUUUCCCAUUCAUUUUGUCAAAAAGAUAGACCUUCUAAAAAGAAUCUGGUUUGCUACCACCAAUUCAGCUGUCCUCUUACAGGAUCUGAAAUAUUUAUCAUAGUAUCCAAGUCUUCUUCUUUCUUGAACCACUUCGAAAGAAGGUUUGUAAAGGUCUUGAUUCUGCUCUUGACCAUUUUACUGCUGGGAUAAUGGAAAUGAGGUGUCUUAACAUCUGCAUGGCUUUCCUUAUUGAGCAUUUUGGUUCUUUCUGAAGGUCUGUUAUCUGCUUCCUUAUCUUCCUUCUUUUCAUAGCAGCCAGGUGGAUUGAAAGAAUGUCUGACUUGAUUUAAAAAAAACUAGAAAUUUAAUGGAUUUUGUAGGGUGUAAGUCACAUCUUCUACCAGAGCGUUUCUUGACUUUGUCUUGAUGAACCAGUCAUCUAAGUAGGGAAUAACUGUGAUUCCUUCUUCCCUUAAGAGCACCGUGAUAGGCAUUAGGACUUGUGUAAAUUUCCUUGGCGCUGAGGAAAGACUGAAUGGAAGGCCUUUGAACUGAAAGUGGUGAACCUUGUAACCCUUUUUUAUGGCAAACAGCAGGAAUUUUCUUGAGCCUACUUCUAUAGGUAUGUGUAGGUAAGCAUCUUUCAAAUCCAAUGUUGCCAUGGAAUCUGGUUUCUGAAGGAUAUACGUGACCAAAGCAAUGUUUUUCAUUUUUAAAUGUUGAUAUGGAAUCCUGGUGUUUAAUCCCUACAGAUCUAGAAUUGGACGGUAUGACAUAUAUAGGUUUGGAACCAGGAACAGUCGAAAGUAAACUCCCUGAUAUUGUUGGGCCCUUGGAACUCUUUCAAAAACACCUUUUUUUUUUAAUAGUGUAACUGUAGCAGAGUCGAGUGUUUGGUUUUUUAGAUUUGGUCGAUAAGAGGAUAUAAGGAAAUCUGGUCUUGGAAAUUUCUAAGAAAUCUUCUUGCAACCAAAUUCAAAAUCCCCAGAUUUGCAGUGGUCUCUUUCCAUCUGUGAAAAAAUUGUUGUAUCCUUUCGCCCACUCGUAUGGCAUCAGAAUCUUUUUGCUCUAUCAGUUUGGACAUCUUUAUGUUCAUGAAACUUUGGAUCUUUUUUUGUUGAUGAAAAAACCUGGGGUAUUCUUGAUAUCCCAUGUGGCUUUUGUACUGGAAGUUCUUAUAUCUGGACUCCCAGGAACACUUCCAAUCCUGAGGAAGGUCCUUCUUGGUUCUGACAUCUGUCAGAUUAAUUCUUCCAAAGGAGAUCCAAAUUUUUUUUCCUUUCCAGUGGAAGUUCACAUAGAGCAACUUAGGCUGUGUCAGCUGUCCAGGCUUUAAGCCACAGUGCUCUGUGGGCAACAGAGGCCAAACCCAUACCACAAGCAGAUAGUUUAAUCACUUCUUGUCACAUCCUGUUCCUCGCUGCGGAUCAUUCUGGCAAUGGCUUCUGGUAUCCAGUACUCCUUUUGCUGUUCUUGCUUGGUUUUCUGGUCUAUGUCUGGUUUUCUUUAUUGCUGGGUUUCUGAGUUCAUUCUUAUAUUCUGUCCCUGGAUUUCCCAGUCUCUUGGAUUCACUUAAAUGUUUUUGUUUUUUACACCCGUUUGUUUUCCACUUUCCUUUUGUUUCAGCUUGGACCUGCAGCAGUGUUUCAAGCCUCUGCCCUUUCUUGCAGGUAAGUGCUAUAAUGGUUCAGUGUGGUUGUUUUAGCAUAUAUUAGGCAGUGUAGGACCUGGCAGAUAUGGGGUACAUUGGCGUUGUUGGCAGGCUUAUGCAAUGUAUGAUCAUAUAAUGUGACUAAAUCCCCAUACUUUUCAUAUAUAGUGCUUAACUAGGUCUCCUCUUGUUUUACCUUGUAUCUCUUGUCUUGUUUUAUUUUGUCUUGUAAUCCCAGUCUAUGUACAGUCCUGUCCAGUCAUGCCCAUGUUAUGUUCUUGUUUUCCUCAUGUCUUGUGUACAUGUUCUAGGUUAUGCUUUCUGUCCUGCUCUGGUUCUGGGUUCUCCUAGUUUUGUCUUGUGUUCAUGUAUGGUGCCUAUUUCUAGUCUUGCUUUGCUUCAGUACUGGAUACACUCCUGCUGCAGAGCCUCCCUAUUCGGCUCCUGGGAGGUCUGCUUAAUUCCAAGCUCCUAGUUCCUGGUAUCCGCAUAAGCUGAAUAAGGGUUCUGGUAUGUGGCUGCACAAACGCUGGUGCUCAACAUCAGGGGGCGUGCGGUUGCCCUGCACCAGACCCUGCUAAUCCACCUCCACACUGUGACUCCUAGUCUGAACAUCAGGCAUAAUGGGUCCCGGUCCUCACACCGCCGCAGUGUCUGGGUCCCGGGCACCCGGACCGAUCACAUCUGGCAGUUAUACAUUUGAUAAUCUUAGAUUGUGAAGCAGGUGUGAAAGAUCCUUGUCUUGGUGCUCUAUCAUGCAAUCUUCUAAUGCAUGAAUCCAAUAGGACUGAGCUUUAGCCACUGAAGUUCCUGCAAUAGCCACUUUAGUCUGAAAACCCGCAGCUUGAUGUGCUUGCCUACUAGAUGUUUCAGGCCUUUUAUCCAUAGGGUCCUUAAGUCCAGAGACUUACCCAAUAGGUAUAGUAGUAUUCUUAGACAACUGAGCAACCUGUACCUCAACAACUGGUAAGUCUUCCCACUUGUCUUCUUCUUGCAUUAUAAAAAUGAUCUUAAUUGCAUAAAUGGCCUUUUUUUCAGGGGUUUUCCACUCCCUGUACAUAAGCUCCAGAAUAUGCUGGCAGGACUCUUUUAUUUGUUGCUUUCUGAUAUCUCUUCAGAUAAGGUAACAUUGACCUCUUUAAUACAUUUUCUUAGAUCUUCAUGUGGGAAACCGAUUUCCGUUAUUGAAGAAUCGCUAAAAGUCUCCAAAUAGAUAGACAUUGAACAUUCCCCCCAAAAUAGCUCAGAUCUAGAUAAAGAUCUCUUCUGUUUUUGCCUCUUAUUAGCUGGUACUUGAACGGGUGCUGUAAUAUUUGAUUUUGCUGAUUCUUUGAAUGAUUCAAAUGUUUGGGCAAGAUUGUCUUGAAACCAAGAUAAAAAUGAUUUCAUAUCCUGUUGCUUGGAUUUUUCCAAUGUUAAGGACGAACACUGAUUUUAGAUUUUUCUCUUGGUACCAUCUGGUAGUGGUGUGAAACAUUCGCUACAUAUCAGAUGUUUUUUUUUAUAAUUAGCCUUUUUAGGAAUUGGAGCCGUCACUUUGUCUUUAUCCAUGAUUUCAGGAGAGACAGGACUAGACGUAUCUGCAAUACAUUACAAUAAUUAAAUUAAGUCUAUUAAAAAGAACAUAGAGAUUUUAAAGAUUUGAGACUAAAAAAAUCUCACCUCUAAAACCUCUGACCCCUGUGGGGUGUUGGUGACACAAGAGAUCCUUUCUGGCUAGCAUCCAUGCUGUCAGUAGAAUCUGUACAGCUUAAAUAGGCACUGAUUUUCAAAUUUUGCGGCAGUUUUCUGAAGUUCCAAUCGCGCAUGCGCAUAACUCCGGUGGAACGCAUCACCUUCCGCGAGUUUCACCGCUGUGUGCAUGCAUCUUGAUUGGGCAGUGAUUUGCUGCCACUAAAGGCCACCUACUUGCUUUUCCAGUGACCGCACUGGGCAUAGAGCAAGACGCUCAAACCUGCUCUGUAAUUCCGCAGGCUGGAGAGAGGUCACUCAGCUCUCCACCCAGGAGAAAAUCAAGCCAGAUCCCCCUGGCACCAAUCCAUGUGCCUCACCGAUCUAUUUUCAGAUGCCAUUCGUUCUUGAUGGAACAAAAGAGAACUGAGGGUUCAUGGUAGGUUGGUGUCUUAUACCUGUUGUGGGAGGAACUUUUUAUGUUAAUUUUAAUUUCAGAUGCUUGCCCCAGGGAAGAGUACAUCCCUAUUGUACUGCCACCAUAUAUAGGAAAAAGAAGGUAAGAAAUAGAAAUAAGGGGAUGAAGAAGCUCAUAGGCCUGAGUCAAUAGAUUGUUUGGUCUUCGUAAGACCAAGAGUCCCAGACUAAAUUUAAAAAAAAAACAAACAAAAAAACACCAUAACCACUCACAGUUCAGAAGAUAUUCUUGUGCCUCCAAAAUGUAGGGCCAGUAAAUAUAAAUGUGAUAUUAUUAUCUCUCUUACUUGGCGAUGUCUGUAUCUCAAUGUAUAACAUAGGGGUUAAAAGUGUGGUCAAGGGGCAUCUACCCAAAUACAAGUCUUAUUAUGUAUUGUUUUAGAUAUCUUAUCUUAUUUAAUUGUGCAUACUAGAUGUAAGGGUGAGAUUUCCGAAUAUGUGAAUAAAAUUUCUCUUUAUGCAUUUUUAUUUAUUGUGUCUUUACCAGGUAUAGGUCAGUGCCAGCAGACCUGUGAUUUCAUCAAGCUUCAAAAAAGCCUGGAGAAUGGUUUAUCUAUAACGGUGCGUCCAACAAAUGACUGGGGAAAGCCAACAUAUGUGUUUGUGAAUAUCAACUUACAUUCCAUUGUGGAGAUGGUAAGCACCCAGUCGUACUUUUAAAAUGACUUUUUCUAAGACACUAAUCAAACCACUUUACAUCUCCAUGUUUUAACUAAUUAUCAGAAGAUUGUUAAAGGGACUUUGUGUAUGACAUGCUAAAGUGUAAAAACAUGUCCAGAAAGAAAAGUGGCAAAAUCAUUCUUAUCUGUCUCCCUGAUAGCAAGACAGCAAGACUACGCUGCACCUACCUGACCAAGUUUAGAAACUAUCUCUAGCAUGGUCUUAAAUUAUGUGCCACUACUAAAUGCCAGGGCAAAUGGUAAGGCCAAUGCAAAAAAUAAACUAAAAUCGGGUAGUACCCCUUUAAGGAGUACUUCCAAUUAACUGGUAUCAAUAUAACGGACACACCAAAAACAAAACGAAUGUACCUAUAAACUUGUAUAGAGAGGAUAAGAACAGGGGUUAGCAAAUAUCAAAGCAAAGCACACUGAAUAUGAAAUAGGCAACAAAGUAUCGUGGCAAGACUAAUGUUGCAAUUGAAUUUUAUUGACCGUUUGCCAAAAAUGAUACAGUUGCCUCAGUGCACUUUAAAAAUAGGGCUGCUAAUCCCUGUACAAUUAUAGGAGACUGCUUCGAGGUGAUUGAACGGCAAUGUUUAUUUGUUCUUGAUAUUGGAACGAUACAGCAGCCGAAACAAAUGAUAUAGCCCUAUUCGAGCAGUCGUCCCAGUAAUGGAGGUGUAAUAUAUGGGAGAGAAAAGUAAUGUAACCUCCCUUACUCUCCCAUAUAUUACAAGUUCUGCUGGGAGGAAGUGAUGUUCGGUCACUUCCUCCCACUUUACUCCGCGCGGGAAGGAGAGAAAGGCCAUGAGGAGAGGCAGCCGACUCACAUCAUCCCCAGCCACCCUCCUGCAACGAAAUGGUAAGGAAGAGAGGAGGGUGGCUGAAAAUGAGGUGUGUGUAUGUCUGCCAGUGUGUGCAUGCCAGUGUGUGUAUGUAUGCCAGUGUAUGUAUGUAUGCCAGUGUAUCUGUGUAUGUAUGCCAGUGUAUGUGUGUAUGUAUGCCAGUGUGUGUAUGCCAGUUUAUGUGUGUAUGUAUGCCAGUGUAUGUAUGCCAGUGUGUGUUUGCCAGUGUAUGUGUGUAUGUAUGCCAGUGUGUGUAUGCCAGUGUAUGUGUGCAUGUAUGCCAGUGUGUGUAUGUAUGCCAGUGUAUGUAUGUAUGCCAGUGUAUCUGUGUGUGUAUGUGUGUAUGUAUGCCAGUGUAUGUUUGUAUGUAUGCCAGUGCAUGUAUGCCAGUGUGUGUGUGUAUGCCAGUGUAUGUGUGUAUGUAUGCCAGUGUGUGUAUGCCUGUGUGUGUAUGCCAGUGUGUGUGUGUAUGCCAGUGUGUGUGUAUGUAUGCCGGUGUGUAUGCCAGUGUAUGUGUGUAUGCCAGUGUAUAUAUAGAAAUGUAUUACCAUUUGUACAGAUGGAUACAAAACAAAGCUGGCUAUAAAUCUUCCAAAACGCUAUUUAUCUGACUGCAAUUGACGGACAUUUUUUUUUAAAAUUGUUAUAUUUGUAUUCCUGGACCCAGCAGCUGAUAUACCACAGUACCAAGAUGCCAUGUCCAUUGUUUAAAGCUGGAGUUAGGAGGUAUCUUUCUGCUCCUCACUCAGAGAAAGCAUUGGCUGGUAGGUUAUUUCGGAGACUGUAAAUAUGUAUGUAUGCCUGUGUAUGUGUGUAUGCCAGUGUAUGUGUGCAUGCCAGUGUAUAUAUGUGUGUAUGCAAGUGUAUGAAUGCCAGUGUAUGUAUGUAUGCCAGUGUGUCUGUAUGUAUGUAUGUAUGUAUGCAUGCCAGUGUGUGUCUGUAUGUAUGCAUGCCAGUGUUUGUGUGUGUGUAUGUAUGUAUGUAUGCCUGUCAGUAUGCAUGUAUGUAUGUAUACAUCAGUAUGCAGUAUGUGUAUGUAUAUGUAUGUUUGUCAGUAUGUAUGUCUGCAUGUGUGUGUCAGUAUCUCCCUAUGCAUGUGUGUAUGUCUGUUUCAGUAUUUGUAUCUGUUAGUGUGUGUAUUCCUGUGGGCAGGAUUUGGAGGAGGGCCCUGUGGGCGGGCUUGAAGGGGGGCCCAGACCUUGAGCUGUGUUAGGGGCCCCAAAAUUUCUGAUGGCGGCCCUGCCAGUGGCAGUUUAUCUUACCGGGAGAAGAGACAGUCGGUCUCUCUCCCCAGCAGCGGCUUACCUUCCAGGGAGAGGAGACAACCGGUCUCCCCAGCGGCAGGACAAGUUAUUGGGAGUGGAGACGGUUUCACUCUCCAGCAGCAGUGUGUGUUACAGGGAGAGGAGCAUAUCGCCCUCUCUCACCAGCAGCAGCUUACCUUACAGGGAGAGGAGACAACCAGUCCCUCUCCCCAGCUAGAGAGGAGAGGCACUCCUGUCCCCGAUGGUGUAGAUGGGACUGUGUUCCCUGCACCAGACCUACAGGGAUGCUGGAUGGCUGGUCUAAAUCCCCAACCCAAACCGCAGGAUUGCCAGGUGGAGGAUAAUUAAGUUCAUGCAUUAACUACCUUAAUUAUAUCACAGGCAGAGGAGAGGGAUUGUUUACUGUAUGUGGGAGUGUCGUUCAUUGUUACAUUGUUUUUAUUGGUCUGUACAGUUUGCAAUGCAGUGCCCCAUCAGGUCCAGUGGGUGUGCCUCUGGCCUGAGGAAUUGUAUAUAAAGCCAACCUGUACCAUUAAACCUUCAGACCUCUUCACCCUCAAUACUGAGUUCUGAGUCUCUUAUUGUAGGGAACUGCUAUAUCACUGCCAGGUAUUGCUAUACUCACUAUACUCCCUUGGAUAUUCACUAGCUCUUGUAAGAGCUGCUCCUGCUAAACUUUCUGAAGGAAGAGAGGGUUAACCACUGGAACCUGGACCCUUUUCGUAGAUCCAGGGUGGGUAGAAGACGGCGAGACUCUAACCAAGCUGCGGUGGUUAGUGGGGUCUGCAGUGCUGAUGGUGUCUGGUGGAGUGCUUGGAGUUCUCGUGGAGCAUUAGGAGCAUCCGUCGGCAGAGGUACCCCGGAGGAGAUACCGGUAACGUUAUUGAGUUAUAAUGGAGGGAUAGAGCUAGCUACCAUACAGUGCUCCUAUCUACAAAGGAACUUACUUUCGUCAGAGCAAGCAUGGCACUCAGCUACACUGAAGCAGAGUUUGACGCUAUGCUGAAGAGGCAGCUGGCUUUCUUCUGACCCAACCCAGCUGAGAAAUACGUACAGUCCAUGAGGAACCUACUGACCAAGUCCCUGCAGCACGAAGCAGAAUGGCGGGAAAAGGUAGCAAAGUGUUCCGUCCUUCCUACCCAGCGGCAGUGUAAAUUGCAGGGAGAUGAGGCAGCCGGCGUCUCUCCCCAGCGGCAGUGUAUCCUACAGGGAGUGGAGUCAACUGGGCAAAUGCCCGAUGUCCAUACAUAAUUACAGAUAGUUGUGAAAAGAGACAUGAGUCUAUCAAGUUCUACUUUUCUCAUGUUUGUUUCUUUGCUGUUGAUCCAAAAGAAUGCAAAAAACCUAGUUUGAAGCACUCCCAAUUUUGCAACAAACUAGGAAAAAAUUCCUUCUUGACCGCAGAAUGGCAGACAGAUCUCUGCUUGGAUCAAUAAGCUAUUACACCACCUAUAAAAAUGAUAUCCCUAAAUAUUAUGUGUUUGCACGUAUUCAUCCAGUUGCUGCAUAAACAUGUGUACAAACUCUGAUAAAACCACCUCUUCAGGCAGAAAAUUUAACUUCCUUAUUGUUUUUACUGUGAAAAAAACUUUUCCUUUUCCUUUGCUUUAGACUUCCAGUCUAAAUGUAUGACCUUGUGUACUAUAUAUAGUCCUGUUUAUGAAUAGCUUUCCAGACAAUGUUUUGUAUUGACCCUGAAUAUAUUUGUAUAAUGUUAUCAUAUCCCCUCUAAUGCACGUUUUUUAAAAAUUAAAAUGUUUAAAUUUGUUAACCUUUCUUCAUAACUAAAAUGCUCUAUUCUAUUCAGGAUUUAUGUAUUUCAAUUUUCCAUCCCAAUGGAGAUACUGACAAAACCUGGACUGUUGUUGGGCAAUGAGGAUUGCUUUGGGAACCACUGACCAAAAGGGCUAAUGUAGUCUUUGUUUGAAAGGGCUGAUUCAGGUUACUUGUCUCCCAAUGUUGCUGAUAAUAACCGCAAAAGCAUUGAACACAUGCAGCAUCUUUAAAUAUUAUUUGCGGGGGAUCUCAACCUUUGCUCAAUCUGGGAGGACAUGUAUUCUUUGUAAAAAUUAGAGACUCCUCUUUAAUUAGAGACUCCUCAUCACAGGUCAUGACUUUCAUAAAACUGGCAGUAAACUACAAAGGGUGUUUACAGUUUAUUGAGAUAAAUGCUCCAAAGUCCAGAGUCCCUGUUCCUAAAGACAAUAAAAAGAGGGCGUUUUUAUCUUUGAAAUUAGGGGUCUCAUACACCCCUAGAUAGCAGACCAAAAAUUGCAAAACCCUCUCUAUUAUGUGAUGUUUAGGGUGCUUAGCUUCCUAAAGCUGUGACAUGCACACCCCAGUAUGAGCAUUAAAAUGGGGUACACAGACCCCUUUAUGAAAAAUGAGAGCCCCCUCCUUCAAAUUAGGAAUCACAUGCUCAGGCAGCUGUCGGUCGAUCACAAUUGAAACCGUAAUCCACUGAAAACAAAUUUGCCAUAGGUAAAAACAGCAAAGAAGUGGGGUAGCUCCAUUUUGCCCCCCAAAAUACAGUUGUUAGAGGCCUUAUUUGAAAACAGAACUCUUCCUCUUUCAAAUACGUGGCCUUGUAUAUGUAUAGGAUAAUUUUUGGUGCAAUUAUUUUAUGAACAUUAUUAUUAUUUAUAUUAUUUUAAUUCUAUGCUAAGGGAGUUAGGAUAUUGGUUGAUUAAACAUAUGCUAAUAAAAUUAUAUACCAUUCACCCACUGUGAAGGUACAAUCGUGGGGGGUUAACAGUACAUCUACUUUCUCAUCCUGCAAAGACUGAAUUACCUAAAUUCUGUUAUUUUCAAUGUAAUAGAAAGAGCAAUGGAUACAAUGUAAAUGAAAUUGAUGAGAAAAGCAACCAUCACAGUUACAAAUGGUUAUUUUCAUUCACAGAAAUGUUUGUUUGUUUCGCUCCAAUUUGUCUUUCCUUACAUUUGUUUUAUCAUUAUAUAUAUUUAUUGCUGUCAAGAAAUAUUUAUUUUUAUAAUAAAUUGGAUACAUGCAUUACAUCCCUCAAUAAUCAUAUAUUAUAUUUUUUAGAAUAUGAAUCUGCAGACUUUAACCACAUAUAUCCUGUUUCAAAUGGUAAGAUCUGAUUUUCUAAAACAGUCAUUAAAUCUCUUCUUUGACAUCUGCCACCUUUUUGUUUAAAGGAACACACCAAUCAUCAUAAGUAGUAGACCUGGGCAUUUGUAGACGAAUACAUAUUUGUCAGAAAAUUUAGCAAUUCGGGUAUCUUUCAGCAUGACAAAUGGUCGAAUGCAAAACUCAGCGAAAGAAACUUGUUGGAUGAUCAAAUAAGUUGGUCAUUUGAUUGUUCGUUUAAUUACAAGCUGAGACCUACAGGCUUCCUCCUUGAAAUAUUAUUAUUAAAACGCAGAAUAAAUCCUCUUAUGCCAUGAGUGAGGGAAUUAAUAUGACCACCAUUUAGUACAUGGUAGAUUCAAAUACUUCUUCAUCUGCCAUGCCGCAGGUAGGGGCAUAUCUAUUAAACAGCUAUUACUGCCCGGUCACUAAUCCUUACCCCCAUGAUGGGGUAAUUAAAAAAGGCAGGGAGAAAUAGUGGCACCAUCAAAGCCAUUAAAUAAAACAAACAAGUUUCCCCCCGGGUUCCCACCGAUGAGCUUUGGGCGGGGGAUCCAAUGUAAUUCCCAGCUGCAACCCAUUGUUGCCACAUGAGGGUUCUAAUACUGCCUCCCCCAACCCACACCCAUUGGCCGUGGGUCGGAGCUCUACUACAAGACCCACGGGAUGGACCUUCUGCCCCCCACAGAGUAUGGAGGCUAAUAAUAAAAUAAAUAAUAAAAUAAAACUGUAUCCAACCACCCACUGCCAAGCUCCUUGCCACCCCUCCCCCUGAUUAAAAUAGUUACCCUACCUACCUCCUUCACCCUAAUAAUAGUGUGGAGGAGACAUGCGGCAUGGAAGGUGGGGGCAUUAUAUUAAAGUAACAGCUGAAAGACCUAAAUUAAGAAAAGGGCUAUUCUUAAUAUUGAUUUCUCAGCUUCUUAGUAUAGAAAGCACAGAGUCAUAUAUAUACUUAACCAAAUUUUAAACGCAACCCAGUUUUGAGCUGAACUUGCGUGUACAUAGAAAAAGUCUUAGAGCUUUGAGUUCAGCUCAUAAAAAAUGGGGGCAAAAAUAAAACUGUUGCGUUUAGAAUUUUGUUCUGUUUAGAUACAUUACAUACAAAAAAGGUGCACUGUAACUUUAAGUCACUAUACAGUGAGUGUAUAUACACCAAAAACACUCAAAGGGGAUAUAUGGCAACAGUGAAAAUGCAUUUAAAAUGAUCUUCAGUUCUGAAGGAGCCGAUACGUUUGGCUAAACGCGUCAUCACGUCUGAUGUCAUCACGUCACGGAACGUUGGACGUCACUGUGACAGAUUCAUCUGCAUUGUUGGUUCGUCUGUUUCCCCUUUGUUCGCGGAAUUGCCUGUUCCUAUACCCCCGUUCGUAUAAUUUGCGAAAUGCCGAUUGAAACUACCGAACGAACGACCACCCAGGAGAGGAGUGUGCUGCUGGUUAACCUCUUGGCCCCAAUUAGAACGUUGUGGUUAACCGCACACACCUCUCCAUUCCAUUCGUACGGGUGGUCGUCGUUCGCAUGUCGACCACGAGGCAGCGGCCAUUUUGGGACAUACGAACACAGAGCGGUGUUCGGUACACACUGUAUGGAACUAAAAACGGACACUUAAACUACCGAACACCGCUGAAAAGCUGCUGCCUACCUUCCUUUUCGACAAGGCAUGCGAACGUCGGUCGCUCGGGAGUUUUAUUCAGUCGUAUGGACUUUUACCCCGACAGCCAUCCCAUGGAGUCAUUCGUAUACCGAAGGACUGGUGAAAGACUUUGACUCCAUGGCGAUUCGACUAGAUACAUCGGAUCUGAGCGCUAUUCGGUGAAAACAUGCACUCAGAUCCAGGCUGUCUGGGGAUACGUUACACGAACAAUAUUCAUUCGGUAUUUCUUCAGUUAUGUAUUUUAAUGUAUUUUUACUACUGUAAUGUAAAAUGGCGAUUGUCUCUACCUUGGGAGAUAAUUAGGUUUCUUCCUAAUUAUCUCUGGGGUAGAGAAGAUGGAUUUAUGGGUAAAAUGGGAAGGGCUAUUAUUGAAGCCACUGCGAUUGGCUACUGUCUAAUAUAUUGUACAGUCUUCCACAAGGUCCCCUCGGGGAGUGUCCACCUUGUGGAGACCUGCAUAAAUACCGGGCAGGUAGCCCCCAUUAAACAGAACUUCAUUUGACCCUCAAGACGGAGCUUGGUCUCGUUUGUGGGGGAAUUAUUACUGGGACAGCGCUUUCGUUAUUUCUAGCUGUGGAAGGCGUUCGACUGUUUGGCUGAUCGGGAGUUGCCGUGUUCGUGGACUUCGUUCGGGAGUUUGGCGAUCGGCUGGAUUUAAACUGCAUUUCUAGAGAAGGGGAUUAUUGCCUAAACGGCGGCUUCAUCUACCCGACGGUACGUGUCAUAACAAUUGGUGGCAAGCGACGGGAUGAAUCCUACAGCUCAGAAGGCCAGCUACACAUCCCAGGUUGGAAAUGCAGUAUGAGGAUUUAAGGCGUGCUACCCUUAAAGAUAUAUUGGAGCGCAGAGGACGAUCAGCGAGUAAUCUCAAGAAAAGAGAGAUUAUUUCGAUAUUAUUGGAAAUGGAUGCAGCACAGGGAACGGGGGGAGCGGAUGUGCCUGGCAUACUGGAGUUAACACCUGAAGAGAUACAGUUUAACCGGGCAGUUCAGAUCAGGCUGGCACAUUUUGGCCCCAACCCCGCAGCAGAUAUUGUGGUGCAAGUGCAAGCAGCAGUAGCAGCACAACAGGCGCUUCAAGGAAGAGGCGCUGCAGCAGCUGAGGUACCGUAUAAUAAUAAUGGAAGGAGAAAAGUACCUUUUGCUGCAUUUCGAAAUUUUGUGGAAGCCGAAGGAGAAAUUGAUGGGUUCCUGGCUGAUUUUGAAAGGCAAUGUGCCUUACACCAGGUACCCGCAGGAGAAUGGGUCCCCAUCCUCUCUGGGAAGUUAUCCGGCCGGGCCAGUGAGGCGUUUCGGGCCAUCCCAGAGGAGGAACUUACCAGCUACAGGGCAGUGAAAGAUGCCCUUUUGGCCAGAUACGCUGUGACCCCUGAGGCAUACCGGCGACGAUUCCGGGACACUAACAAGCAGGCUGGUGAUUCUUAUGUUGAGUGGGCAUGCCGGGUACACCGCACAGCAGCCCACUGGAUGGCAGGGUGCCAAGCGGUAACUGGGGAAGAAGUGCUGGAAGUAUUUUUGUUGGAGCACUGUUUUGACCGCUUACCUGUAGGAGUCAGAGAGUGGGUUAGGGACCGCAAACCCGCUACCUUACCCGAAGCUGCUCGUCUGGCUGAUGAGUACACUGACGCCAGGAAACUGGACCAGACAGCAGCCAAGGUCCCUACCCGAGUGGAGUACAAACCAGCAGCACCUCCAACCUCUGCAGUGUAUCAACACCCAGCACAACGCACCCCCACCAUGCCAACAGCGAACAAUUACGUUCAGCCAGCCCGGUUCAACGCCCGGGAUUACUCACAGCCGAUCCGUUGCUACGGGUGUAAGCAGUUGGGGCACAAGCGACCCGAGUGCCCAUUAAACAGUUCUAGCCAAGCCCAGUCGUGGAGAAGACCAGCCGGCGGAAAUCAGCAACCACCUCAACCUUCCGCUCACUGUCUUGAGCAGGAGGAAUUUUGGGGUAUACUACAUGAGGCGGAUCCAGUACAAGCAGCGCAGCAGGAUAACCGUCAACAGCACAGGCAGACCGUUAAACUAAAUGGCAAAGCGGUAACUGGUCUGAGAGACACCGGAGCCACUAUGACCUUGCUCCAAAAGAACCUUGUCUCCGAACACCAGCACACUGGAGAUACUGUGGCAGUGAGGGUGGCGGGAGGUGCAGUGUUCCGUUUACCGGUUGCCCGUGUUCACUUGGAUUGGGGGGUGGGCUCUGGACACGUGAAUGUGGGGGUCAUGAAAGACUUAUCGGCCGAUGUUUUGCUCGGGAAUGACUUGGCCCCUUUGGUGUCCGCUUAUGCUCCAGUGACUACCCGUGCCCAGACCCGCGCUGCUGGAACCAGCCCACCUGCUGCUGAGACCCAGGUAAGGACCGAGUCCCCGACUGGUACCCUAGAACCGACUUUUGUUAACUGGGAUUCCCCAGAGGAGUUUGGGAGGGAAACUCAGACAGAUUCGACCCUCCAGAAGUAUAGGGACAGAGCAGAUACUGGAGAGGAAGGAUUAGAUGGGGAACGGUAUGAGUGGGUGGGGGACAGGUUGUAUAGGAUCCCCAAGCUUUCCCCGAAGAGUGUUGCCCCUCCGCCGAAUCGACAGCUGGUGGUGCCCGCAAAAUACCGGCAGGAGAUUCUGCGGAUAGGGCAUGAUGUUCCGUUAGCUGGACAUCUAGGUUCCCGCCGCACAGCCUAUAGGAUCAUGCAGAACUUUUUUUGGCCAAACUUUAAUCAGGCUGUUCGGACAUACUGCAGUACGUGUGACACAUGUCAACGGAUAGGAAAGCGGGGGGACCACCCAAGAGCUAGGCUUAUGUCUAUGCCUAUCAUUGGGGAGCCCUUUGCCCGCAUAGCCGUUGACAUUGUGGGUCCACUGGCCAGGGCUAGUCCAUCCGGUAAGAAAUAUAUUCUCACCGUGGUGGAUUAUGCCACUCGCUAUCCGGAGGCAGUAGCGCUGUCUAAUAUAGAGGCAGAGACAGUUGCUGAUGCCCUGGUUAGGAUUUUCACCAGAGUCGGGUUCCCUCAAGAGAUUCUCUCUGACCAGGGAACCCAAUUCACCGCUGUGCUCACCCAGCAACUGUGGAAGGUGUGCGGUAUUAAACCGCUGCUUAGCUCACCUUACCAUCCACAGACUAACGGUCUCUGCGAGCGAUUUAAUGGCACCCUCAAACAGAUGCUGAGGACCUUUUCUGACACUUGCAGAGACUGGGAGCGAUUCCUGCCUCAUCUGUUGUUUGCCUACAGAGAGGUGCCCCAGGAAUCUACUGGGUUCUCCCCCUUUGAGUUGCUAUAUGGGAGAAGGGUCCGCGGACCCCUAGAUCUCAUUAGAGGCCACUGGGAGGGGGAGACAGAGCAGGAAGGGACCCCCAUAGUACCAUAUGUUCUGGAACUCCGGGACCGCAUGGAGAAACUGUCCCUAAUGGUAAGGGAGAAUCUCCAGGUGGCUCAGGGGAGACAGAAGAGGUGGUACGAUCGGGGUGCCCGACAGCGAGUUUUCCAGGUUGGGCAGAAAGUACUAGUGCUCAAACCUGUGAAGGCGAACAAGAUGCAGGCAUCUUGGCAGGGCCCGUAUAAGGUGUUAGCACAGAUAUGUGAUACUACCUACCUUAUAGCCAGCUGUUCAGAUGAAAGGAUCCAGCGAUCCUUCCAUGUGAACAUGCUAAAGGAGUAUCAGGAGAGACCAGAGAAUGUCGCUGCAGUAUGUGCCCCUGCUGCAGAUGAUACCGAAAGUUUACCCUUGCCAGACCUGUUAGAGAGGGACCCCCAGACGGAUCUUACUAGCCUAGUACAGCUAGGGGACAGAUUGAGCGCUACCGAGAAGGGCCAGGCAAGACAGCUUCUGUGGGAAAAGCAGGCGACCUUCUCCCAAGAACCUGGUUACACUACCCUAGCUGUACACAAGGUAGAAACCCCUGGACAGAACCCUCUGCGACAACCCCCUUACUGUAUCCCUGAAGCAGUCCGGGAAGGAAUGCGGAAGGAGAUACAGGAGAUGACCCAGCUGGGGGUCAUCGAACACUCCGAUAGCCCUUGGGCCUCGCCUGUAGUCCUGGUGCCCAAGAAGGAUGGGACCACCCGGUUCUGUGUGGACUACAGGUGUCUCAAUGAGCGGACCACCACUGACGCCUACCCGAUGCCCCGGGUAGACGAAUUGCUAGAUCGCAUUGCCAGGGGACGCUAUCUGACCACCAUAGACCUGUGCAAAGGCUACUGGCAGAUUCCCCUGGCCGAGGAUGCUAUCCCCAAGUCGGCCUUCGUCACCCCAUUUGGCCUGUACCAAUUUAAGGUCAUGCCAUUUGGGAUGAAGAAUGCCCCGGCUACCUUCCAGCGCAUGGUGGAUAGACUUCUUGAUGGAUUCCAGGAAUUUGCUUGUGCAUACCUGGAUGACAUUGCGAUCUACAGUGAGUCCUGGGAAGAACACCUAGUACAUGUAGGGGUGGUGCUGGACAAGAUUCGGGCCGCUGGCCUGACAUUGAAGCCAGAGAAGUGCCAUUUAGGCAUGGCUGAAGUGCAGUACCUGGGUCACAGAGUAGGGUGUGGGAGCCAGAGGCCAGAGCCAGCCAAGAUAGAGGCAGUUGCCAACUGGCCCACACCUAUCACCAAGACCCAGGUGUUAGCCUUCCUAGGGACAGCAGGGUACUAUAGACGCUUCGUCCCCGAUUACAGCUCUAUUGCUAAACCCCUGACUGACUUGACCAAGAAAAAUCUUCCUAAGCAGGUCCUGUGGUCUCCGGCUUGUGAAGCUGCGUUCCAAGCACUCAAACAAGCUCUUGUGAAUGCCCCUGUCCUGGCUGCCCCAGUCCCUAACAAACGUUUUCUCGUCCAUACAGAUGCUUCCAUGUAUGGACUGGGGGCUGUGCUGAGCCAGGUCGGGGAAGAUGGAGGAGAGCACCCUGUCGCAUAUCUCAGCAGGAAGCUGUUACCCAGGGAAGUGAGUUAUGCGGCAGUGGAGAAGGAAUGUUUGGCUCUGGUGUGGGCAUUGAAGAAGCUAAGCCCGUAUUUAUAUGGACAGGAAUUUUCCCUUGUGACGGACCACAAUCCCCUUGUCUGGCUUAACCGGGUCUCUGGAGACAAUGGCAGACUGCUGAGGUGGAGUUUAGCACUACAGCCAUAUAACUUCACCAUCACUUAUCGACCCGGUAAGCAGAAUGGGAACGCAGAUGGAUUGUCCAGGCAAACCGACAUCCUCACCCCAUCUUAGUCCGGUCAUCCCCACGUUGACCCGCUAAAGGGUCAAGCCGGGUCUGCCGGAGUGUCCCACAAGGGGGGAGCCGUGUGACAGAUUCAUCUGCAUUGUUGGUUCGUCUGUUUCCCUUUGUUCGCGGAAUUGCCUGUUCCUAUACCCCCGUUCGUGUAUUUGCAAAAUGCCGAUUGAAACUACCGAACGAACGACCACCCAGGAGAGGAGUGUGCUGCUGGUUAACCUCUUGGCCCCAAUUAGAACGUUGUGGUUAACCGCAGACACCUCUCCAUUCCAUUCGUACGGGUGGUCGUCGUUCGCAUGUCGACCACGAGGCAGCGGCCAUUUUGGGACAUACAAACACAGAGCGGUGUUCGGUACAAACUGUAUGGAACUAAAAACGGACACUUAAACUACCGAACACCGCUGAAAAGCUGCUGCCUAACUUCCUUUUCGACAAGGCAUGCGAACGUCGGUCGUUCGGGAGUUUUAUUCAUUCGUAUGGACUUUUACCCCGACAGCCAUCCCAUGGAGUCAUUCGUAUACCGAAGGACUGGUGAAAGACUUUGACUCCAUGGCGAUUCGACUAGAUACAUCGGAUCUGAGCGCUAUUCGGUGAAAACAUGCACUCAGAUCCAGGCUGUCUGGGGAUACGUUACACGAACAAUAUUCAUUCGGUAUUUCUUCAGUUAUGUAUUUUAAUGUAUUUUUACUACUGUAAUGUAAAAUGGCGAUUGUCUCUACCCUGGGAGAUAAUUAGGUUUCUUCCUAAUUAUCUCUGGGGUAGAGAAGAUGGAUUUAUGGGUAAAAUGGGAAGGGCUAUUAUUGAAGCCACUGCGAUUGGCUACUGUCUAAUAUAUUGUACAGUCUUCCACAAGGUCCCCUCGGGGAGUGUCCACCUUGUGGAGACCUGCAUAAAUACCGGGCAGGUAGCCCCCAUUAAACAGAUCUUCAUUUGACCCUCAAGACGGAGCUUGGUCUCGUUUGUGGGGGAAUUAUUACUGGGACAGCGCUUUCGUUAUUUCUAGCUGUGGAAGGCGUUCGACUGUUUGGCUGAUCGGGAGUUGCCGUGUUCGUGGACUUCGUUCGGGAGUUUGGCGAUCGGCUGGAUUUAAACUGCAUUUCUAGAGAAGGGGAUUAUUGCCUAAACGGCGGCUUCAUCUACCCGACGGUACGUGUCGUAACAGUCACUGCCCCUGCCCCCCAGAACUGUUUUCAGAGCGUCCUUGCACUAAAUAAGCCCUGUGUUAGCCGGCUUGUUGGGCUGAAAUGCAACAUUGCUAUUUGGGGACUUUUUAUCAUAAUAUAAGAGUUUUAUCUGUUUGGAUCAAUAACGUUGUGGAAGAUUGAUAGUCUCUGGCUGAUGAAGUCUUUGGUAUGACUGGUCCACCCUACAAGUGAUAACUGUAUGCUGCAAGGUGGUGGAGAAGUGCCUGUACAGCCUGAGCAGACUUACCUGCUCUCCUUUUGUGAGUGCAACAAUUACCACUUAUUGUACUAUUUGCACUUUAAUUGUUAUUGCACUUUGGUAUAUUUGUACAAUUUGUUUAUCAUGCACUUUAAGAAGUUUUGUGUACUUAAAGUACAUUGUUAUUUUUUUUCACUGUUGCUAUAUAUCACCUUUUGAGUGUUUUUGGCGUGUAUAUACACUAUAUAGUGACUUAAAGUUACAGUGCACCUUUUUUUGUAUGUAUCGUUAGAUUUAGUGUUAUUUGAGUUGAGUUAUUGCAUUCUGCAAGCAAUCUCAGUGACUGCCUAAAAUAUUGAUGAAUGUAUAUCACAUUGGUGUUUCUUAGUCUAAUUAGUGCGAACAAAACAUGUUGUAAGACAGGAUGCAUUCUGUUAGCGUGUCAACAAAACAUGUUGUAAAACAUUCUCAGUGAUUCACUAGAAUUAUAGGGAUAACAAGAGAAACCAGUAAAGAACAAUGUACUUGAAAGUUAGGUAGUAAUUUGGUUAAUAUGAGAGCAGAAGGACAAAGAAUGUGCAUGUACAUACACUCUGACACACAACAAAGUAGUAGCUAACUUUCAGGCAUUUAAGUAUCAGUUUGGCACUUGGAAAGAAUAGUGGAAUAUUGCAACAUUGACGGAAGACGUAUGUCAAUUAAAUAUACUCUAUGUGAAGUCGUAGACUUGGGAGGGGCUUGUAGCCCCUUUUUAAAGGACUUCCCUUCCUUCUCCAGUACCGUUACGUGGUCAGCGAUUUACAUGCCCCUCCCUCCACGCGCCCUUUUACAGAUAUAACCUUUUCUCUGUACACCUUCACAGGUGGGACCGCUUUGAUCUACAGGCCUACCAUUAGAGGUGGUGUUAGCCCUGCAAGGUUAUUAUUGCAGUUUCUCAAUAACUGCAGUAAUUGCACGGUUAAUGAGACAGGAGUACUCCUCCCAGACGACUUCAAUGAGAUGAGGUGGUCGGGCUCCUAUAGUGUCCCUUUAAAUAAAUAGCCCUGAACGUUGUCUGAAAAUGUGUUUACACAUUUUUAUUUUGUCCUUUGUCCUUUGAUCAUUUCACAGGGAUCCAUUUUGGUUUGUCCGAAUCCUGAUUAUGAAAUUUAACUCAAUAAACAUUUACUCCUUCCUUGAUGCUUAGUUAGCCUUGCUGGUUCAGCAUCAUGGACAGUGGUGGCUGGUGAUGUUGUAAGAUAGUUCUAAAAUACCUCUGGAUUUUUACUUCACCCCACCUAUGAAAAUCGCAAGAAAUGAAGCUGUUAUGGUGCCUGGAGGUCCUGGCUGCUAUUUUACUGGUUAAAACCAAAAUGCUCAUGCUAAUCCUUGCCUACUUUAUAUACAUGUGUUUCUAAUGCAUUUUUAACAAGAAGAGAAGGCAUAUGGACCUCUGCCUUCUCUUCUUGUUAAAAAUGCAUUAGAAACACAUGUAUAUAAAGUAGGCAAGGAUACAGUGCAGCUGUGAAAGCAGCAUGAACUUAAAAGACCACUCCACACUUCAAAAACUGAAGUGCAUUAUGGCUAAGGAGCAUCCUAGUUUAACUCCAGUUUAUAAAAGUGCUGAUUUCUACCAGAAAUUGGCACUUUUAUAAAUUGACUAUGUAAAACCCCCUGGCUGUCAAUCAAACAGCCAUGGAGGUUUAGAACUAGCUUCCCUGAGCUAAUGGAAGUGGCAGGAGAGCGCUACUUGAGCAAAGUCCAGCAAUGCUACAUCAGGGCACUCCUGACACGGUCACCAUAACCAUCAUAGCAAGUCUUUUGAGUUGCAAAUAAAAUUUACCCUGGAGUUGAAGUCCGUGACCUUUUUGCCACAUAGAAACAUUUCUGGGGCUGUUAUAUUUAUUUAUUUAUUUAUUUAUAAAAUAUUUUUUAGGUUGGGUACAUUGCGAUUUCUCUAGUUUUCAAGUAUGUCCUGGGUCUUUGUCCACAAUAGGAUACAUCAUUACAUCAAUACAAUAUACAAACUAUAUAUAUUUAUAUAGUUUGUAUAUUUUAUUUAUGUACCGUAUUUAUUCGAGUAUAACGCGCACACGUGUAUAACGCGCACCUCUAAUUUUCGAUUAAAAAUCGGUAUAAAAUUUUGUUUCACACCAAGCAUUGUAAUUAACAAAAAAACGUUGUUGAACACGUGCGGCCAUGACAAAAAUCAUUUAUUGACAACAUAAACUGGUAUAAACACAAUACCGAAAUAAAAUUACCGGUAACAAUAUUUAUUUAAAAUGCUUCAAAGACAGAUUCAUCAUCAGAUACACUAAAGAGUUGUUCCCAUUCUAUCUAAGAAACCUCAGACACAAUUCACACACUCCACGGUCUCCUCCUCCCAAACAGCUGGAAAUCACCUGUUAGAGCCCUGCCAUCCACUGCCUGUGCCAAGAAUGCCAAUCUGGGGAAGGGAGUGGGCACGUGCAGCUGUUCUGCCUGGGGAUCUCACUACCUUGAUGUUUCAAUAGAUUUUCUGUCGCUUAACUGCCAUCUCUAAUAUAAGAUACUAAUAUUAUUCUAGCAGAGGAACUGCUGCACAGAGACCUGUGAACUCACAAUUCGCCUGCGCCCUCAAUGGACCGGCCGCCACUGCCACCGCACCCCAGCCCUCGUUUAUAACGCGCACCCAAACUUUGAUUUCUUUUUUUGGUAGAAAAUUUUGCGCGUUAUACUCGAAUAAAUACGGUAAUUAUGUAUAUUCACACACAUAUAUAUAAAUGUAAUACAUAGCAGGUAAUAAGUAUAUUUGACCAUGACAGGUGCAUUCUGCGCUGAGGCAUAUUGCCAUAUAUCUCUUAAACGAUUUUAGAUUGAAUGAAGAUUUGACUGUGUCCCUGAGGUUUUUCCAUAAUUGCGGUUCUCUGUAGGAAAAGGAGGAUCGAGCUACUUUAUUUUUGUAUUGCGGUAUGCUAAAUAUCAUGCUAGUACUGGAUCGGAGGUUAUAGGAGGUGGGAACAGCUGGGGAGAGCAUUCUACUCAGGUAGGCUGGGAGAUUCACAGAAAUGCUCUUAUGCACAAGGAUGGAAAGAUGAAGAGUGUGUUGGGAUUCCAGCGACAGCCAGUUUAACUCUUUUAGCAUGUCACAGCAGUGGGUAAAGUAAUAACAUUCUAGUACAUGGUCUAUAUGGAGGCUAUACAUGUUUUACUUUAAUACAAUAUUAAUAUGUCCAACGUUUUUUGUGUGUGUUAUAUUCUGUGUUAAAAUAAAGUUUGCUUAAUGCAAUUUUUGUGAAUUUUACAAGUGUGCACAAACAGAAAUGAUAUAUUAUUACACAUAUGAAUUAAUAUAGAUUGUUUGUUGAAAGAAAGACGAUAUUUGGAUGAUGUGACAAUUAACCCCUUAAGGACGGCAGGCGUUCUAUGCUGUCCUUAACGAACUGGCUCUAAACGCCAGAGGGCGGCAUAGAACACCCGAACCGUCCUUUCUACUUACCCAGUCGCAGGUGAUCGCAGUAUGGGGACUUACCUGGGAGCCCAGGGAGUCCCCGUAUUAUGACAUUCACAGUUAGAAUGUCACAUAGAACUAAACAUCUUUUAAAAUGUCUUAUUUUCUCUUAUUUUUUUAUAUUUUAUUCAUAUUAAAUUAUGUUUUAUACCUAAAUAUUUGAUGUUAAAUGAAAGCCCUGUUUCCCUGAAUAAAAUGAUAUAUAAUAAGUGUGGGUGCACAUAAUAUGAAAGAGGUGAAUUACGCCUGAACAGACAUAUAGUGCAAAUUCAAGUUUUGUUUACGUUUUGUUUUGAUCACAACGUGUACAUUUGGCUCAGUCUUUAAGGGGUUAAAAGUAUAGUUUUAACUCAUUAUAUCACUUUUAUGUGGACCCCUUGUUUUGAUAUCCAAUUUUCAAAGUAAAUGAAUUCAAUUAAAUUGCUCUAGUCAUUACAGAUGGAUAUGAUAAUAGGUUGUGCCUUUCCUGCUUAUUAUAGCAAAAAUUGUCAUUUUGUGUCUUCUAAGCAAAUUUACUGUACAUUUUUUAGACAUGGAGAAAUGAUUUUAUAUCCUGGAAUGCAAGUGAUUUUUGUGGCAUUGACUAUGUGAUUGUUCCUGAUUCAACCUUUUGGAAACCAGACCUCUACAUUUAUGAACUGUAAGUUUGAUAUUAGUUCAUAUGUAGGAUAAACCUGCUCUUACAGAAAACAAACUGAAUAGCAUACAUACUAUACAAUAUUUUACCUAAGCAGAAUUUUAGUCGGCUAACAUUUUUGAGAUUUAGUUGACUAAAACUAGAAUAAAACUAAAACAAUUCAGAUGAAUAAGAUACGACUAAAAGUAAAAUGGUAUUUUAGUCAAAAGACUAUGACUAAAACUAAAUGGAAAUUUGCCGCCAAAAAUAAAAAAUAAAGUAUGGAUUAGAGAACCCAUUCUUGCGAAUACAAUCCAAAAAUGCAAGUAUUUCAAUCUAGCAUCCAGGGUUUAAAUCUAUAACAACUAAAUUAUGAAAAAAAAGACAACAAUAAAAUUGAAGAUUGAAACUAGGGAGCUAGUUUGAGGAGGAGGUGACCAAUGACCAGCAGAGCCAGGAAAACUGCUUGCAACUGUUUUGACUUCUAACACUGGGAGGGCAUCAAAACACUUUUUGCACCAUAACCACUACUGUGGACUAAAGUGCUUAUGGUAUUGGAGGGUUCCUUUAUGAUUUCAGGGGCUUUUUAAAGUAUAUAGAUUGUAAAUCGCUGAGAUUUAUAGAACGCUGCCUUUGUAAAUGUACUGGAGUAUGGUAAGAAAGGGUUCCAUGAUCUUUGAGAAAAUGUGUUUUUCAUAACUUAUUGGAUGUAUGAAAGUGAACUUUCAGUGAUUUAACAUCAUUUUAUACACAGGAUUGAAUCUAGUGAAACAGAUGACAAGCCGAUUGUGAUUCCUUAUUACAUUGUCUAUAAUUACGGAGACCUGACACAGUUUAAACCAUUACGGAUUGUUAGUACCUGUACCGUAAAUAUUUUCAAGUUCCCCUUUGACACACAGACUUGUGAUCUAACCCUCGGUUCCUUUGUGUAUUCAGGUAUGUUUCUUAACUAGGAAAAUGGAAAACAUUGUUUAUAAUGAUUGCAUUUAAUCUAAAGUCAUAGAUUCUAGUUAAAUAGCUAGUCACCAGAUCGGGAUUAAUGAUUGCUUUAUAAUAUACAACAUGAAAUAAAGAUAGACUAACACAAAGUGGAAUUCUUGCGAUGAUAAUUAUUUUUUUUUUGUAAAUAUGUUUUUAUUGAACAUUUCGUUAUUUUUUUUCUUUUCGUUUGUUAUCAACAUGGAACAGAAAAACAUGGACACGCAGGUCCCUUUGGUCAUUUGUACAUGCUUAUACACCGUAGGGCAUAGUCUGUCAGACGUGUCUUGGCGACUCGCAGGUCGCUUUCUUGAGUAAGUGGUGUGCAUUGUGGCCUUGCGGGUCCGGUAGUACAUAGUUACGAAUAGUACUAGUUAUAUCUGACGUGUACCUUUCCUACGUUGGGUAGUUUUGUAUGUCCCGCCAUUUUUCGUCUAUUUCACCAUGCCCACCCUGUAGCCACCAUGCAGUAGUGGGACAUGUGGGACACCUACUGUGUAGGGUCCCAUCAGGACACGCAGCCUCCUUGCAACCUCGUGUCUAGGGUCCAGAAUGGUGGUAUAGUGGGGUGUUGACCCCCUACUUUGGUACAAUUCGGCUCUUCCCAGCGUUAUACAUGGUGUUGAUGGGAAUAACCUAAGGGGCAUCCUGCGUUUCCUUCUAAACUAAUAAAAUUUGUAGCUCACGGAACUGGCGCUCUUCCACCCCCCGUACCCGCGGAGCCGUAGGCCGUUUUGGGCCGCACCCCGUCAGGUAUCAUAGCCCCCCAGCACACCCCUGAGGGGUCGGCCCCCCGCACCACCCCCGUGCUCCACCCGGACCUGACAGGGGGUGGCGGCGAUGAUAAUUAUAUAUAUUUUUUUUAAAUGCUCUUUUUCCAAGAUAUUUUAACUAGGAAGACAAUGGGAAAAUUAAUCCUUUACAGAUCCAUUUUCAGUUAAAGCCUCAAUUAUCAGCAUUUCUUUGCUUUGGUGUAAGGCAAAAAGAGAUUUAAAUAUUUUGGUAGUGCACGGGAUUUGAGAUGGCUUUGAGACUGCACAAUAAAUGCUGACUUCUAGUGUAAAUCUUUUUGCUUUCUUCUGAGAGACCUCCCUUGACAACCACCAAUUUAACAGUAAACACUUCUUCAGCCUUCCUACAAAUACAAGAGUAAGGCUAUUGAGUGGCCCUUCUCAAAUAACAAAUGUUAGUAGAUAUGAGGAAUAAUGGAACAUUGAGGACAUUAUUUGCAAACAAGGUUGAGUAAACCACAGGACAACCGCAGUGUUUAGUACUUACCAAAAGUGGUUUAAGGAAGGACAACUGCUGAAUUGGUGUCAGGGUCAUGGCACCCAAGGCCUCACUGAUGCAUGUGAGGAUUGAAGGCUAGCCCAUCUGGUCUGAUCACACAGAGUCCAUGCCUCCACGCAUCAGAGCUGUUUUGGCAGCAUGAGGGGAAAUUGACGGGUGGUUUUAAUUUAGUGGCUGAUCAAUGCAUUUUACUUAAUAUGUAACUUGUUCUCUCCAUAACACCUGUGUUCUAUAUUUUUGCAAGCCGUGCACAGUUAGUGCCCUGAUAGCUUAAUCCAUGUUUAAACGGCCCAGUGUUUCUAUGGGCCUACAAUUUAUCUGUAUAAUCACGUCUCAUUACACAUAUUUUGCAUUGUUGAAAAUUCACAUUAUAUAUCCUUAUUUUCUUUUUUGGUAAUUUUUUUUUUUUUGUAGAAUAACUUUUUUUGUUAACAUAUUUUGAAUUAAUUUUACAACUCAUAUUUGAGGUUUACAUAGGUUCUCUUCUUGUGCAGUUAACGAUAUCCUUAUGGCACCAUCUAGUAAUUCCACUACAGUGACCAAUGAAUCUAAACAAUCAUUUUCCAGUAAAGGAGACUGGGACCUGAUAAGCAUCACUGUACAUGACAAGACAGUAGAGUAUGACGAUGGAGAAAGAUUUGAUGUAGUGAAAUAUGAAGUAAGUGAUAAAAUUACGUUAGUUUGUACUCAAAUUUCUAUGUGUUUUAUUACGUUCUAUGAUGUAUGCAAUUGAAGAAAUAUCAUGAAGUCAUAGUAGAAAAACCAUGAAAAGACAGAGAUGAGGAGGAACUAUACAUACAUACCAUAAAAAAGCAAACUACAUAAUACUUUUUAUUAAACUUCAUGAACCUUUGAUAUGUAUAGUUGCCAGGAAGAUAGUUGCAGUAUGUUGUGGAAGUUGUGGAAAUAUAAUUUCUCAAGUUUCUAUGCCCAAGAAGUACUUUUCAACUUGAGAUAUGCAGGUGAUGCAUACUAGUAAUUUCUCUAAUUGUACUGUAUUUAUUAUGUUUGGUCUCUCCACAAUGUUUCUGGUUCCUAGUUAUAUACUCUUAGAGAGACUUCAACUUCCAGACCAGAAAUGGAGCUAUUCAGUUGAGAUCUGAAAGUGCAAAACUGCAGUCUAUGACUGGUUUAUGGUCACUGGACCUCUUGGAUCACAAAAGAGUAAAUUGAUAAGAUUUGUUCAGACACAUGUAUAGCAAUGAAAAAUAAAUUGAUGGAUUAAUUUGGAUAUGGAUUUUAGAAUAACAGCGGUAGUGAUGGUGACAAGUAAGAUAUGGAAAAUUUUGGAUUCAAAAAAAUGGCAUAUAUGUACGCAAUGACGGACCUACCGUGGUUGCAGGGGUUGCGCCUUCAUCCGGGCCCAUCAAUACAGGCCAUGUAAUACGGCCCUGGCCCGUGCUGUGCAAUCACAGUAUUUAAAAAACCAAAAUAAAGUUGACCAAAAGAGGUAACUAAAAACUAAAACCCCGCCUUUCCUUUCUUGCUGUCCUGGAGGCUGUGCCCAGUGGCAGUGGGUCCCCAGGAAAGCUGUCAAACCAUUUGUAAGCACUUUGACUACUUAUCUUGGGAAGAUAUUUGCGCCACCAUAACCACUACAACGCACUGUUGUAAUUUCCUUUAAUGUUUUACCAAAGUCAAUGUUUUAAAUGAUUUUUUUUUUAUAAUAAAUUUUCACUUAUUUUUUCCAUUGGACACAUAAAGUGUAUAUUUGCAGUAAAUAAUUUUUCUGUAAAACACCGGCCUUUUUUGAUGUGAGGAGCAUCUUACCAGAUAUGCUCUAUUCUUUGUUUUUGCUACUGGCUUUUAAUAAGGAUUUUGGCUUUGAUGAAUAUAAAGCUAUUUACACUUUCAGCAGAUACUGAUUGUUUAACCUUAAUGUUAACAUGGAUUUUUAAUGAACAGAAUCAUUUUGGAACCUUUUUCUCCCCCCAGAUAAAAAUAAAGAGAACUCCUCUAAAUUAUGUUAUUAACCUCAUCAUCCCAGCUGUUCUCAUGCUUUUCGUGGAUAUAUGUAGUAUGUUCAUCCAGUCAUAUGAAGACAGACUAGCUUUCAAAAUUACUGUGGUCUUGGGAUUCUCUGUGCUACUGCUGAUUUUGAAUGAUAUGCUUCCUAAUUCUGACACUCCCCCUAUUUUAGGUAAGUGCCUAGGUUUUAUGUGUAGUUGAUUAUUGCUUAUAUUAUGAUUGCACUCAAAAAUUCCCCAGGGCAAUUAACAAAUGAGUCUUUAAUGUCUGUCUUUAAAACAAGAACUUUAAUGUCUGUCUUCCAACUCUGGUGUGAAUCAGGACAUCGAUCGCGGGGAGGAGGGAUUGUAACAGUAAUGCAAUCACACAGUAAGGGGUCAAGUUCUCCCAAAAGGAUUAACAGGUCAGCCUGGCUGCUAUCAUUGAGGCACGCCGACUAAGAGUGGACCCUGCAGGUAGCACUGAGCUUGCACUAUGCUUGUUAAGGGUUAGUUCUGUGGUUCCUCCAAGUCGGGAUGGCAGAACUGGAUCUGAAAAUUUAGAUUGUCCCACCAGAAUUGGGGCAGAUGAGAAGUACAGUUUGCUUGCACGGACACAUAUUUUUCCACUCGGAAUGAAAGGCUGAAAGGCUGCACGAGAGCCAAUUAUCACUUAUUUUCUUUCUCGUUAUAUGCUGGGCUUGGAGCUCUGUUACAGGAAAUGUAUGUAAUACUCUUAUGAAAUGAAGAGGGGCACACCACAGGACUAGCAAAGAAUUUAGUUUGUUAAAUCAAGUGAACACUACUGGUGAUCAGUAGGGAAAAAAAGUAUGAUUUUUACAUUUUGUUUUGCAUUCCAUGAAUGAUUGUAGAUUGCGCUAAUGUAGUGCACUUAUAAUCUUAAUAUUAGUAAUGACAGGAGGCGAGUAUAACUUUGCAUAACUUUCUUUACUAUGAAUCUCCAGCAGCACAGAUCAGUCUGAAAAAACGUAACCAAUAAAAAACAAGAGUCAAUACAAUAUAUACGACAGUAAUGCCCCCUACUCUUCCUCUUUCUUUGAUGUGAAUGUAAAUAGUCCAUUAAACAGAAACAGAGAAAACUGUAGCACUUGAUAAACGAUCCCGUAACUUUGGAGGAGAGUAUGUAGCUUGUAAGGAAGUAGCAUUUGUAGGAAAACAUGUGACGGAUUUCAUACUUAAAAAUAAGAAGAAACAAGCGAAAGGUACUUGAACUUGCAACAUAAACACAGUUGUGUAUUAGCCAUAUCAAACUAGCUAUAUUAAACUAUUAGCAGUUCAUUAAAGGACCACUUUAGGCACCCAGACCACUUCAGCUUAAUGAAGUGGUCUGGGUGCCAGGUCCAGCCAGGAUUAACCCAUUCUUUUAUAAACAUAGCAGUUUCAGAGAAACUGCUAUGUUUAUGAAUGGGUUAAGCCUUCCCCCUAAUCCUCUAGUGGCUGUCUCAUUGACAGCCGCUAGAGGCGCUUGCGUGCUUCUCACUGUGAUUUUCACAGUGAGAGCACGCCAGCGUCCAUAGGAAAUCAUUGUGAAUGCUUUCCUAUGGGACCGGCUGAAUGCGCGCAGCUCUUGCCGCACGUGUGCAUUCAGCCGAUGGGGAGGAACGGAGGAGGAGAGCUCCCCGCCCAGCACUGGAAAAAGGUAAGUUUUAACCUCUUUCCCCCUUCCAGAGCCGGGCGGGAGGGGGACCCUGAGGGUGGGGGCACCCUCAGGGCACUAUAGUACCAGGAAAAUGAGUAUGUUUUCCUGGCACUAUAGUGGUCCUUUAAGAAAACAUGGAGAAAAUUACAAACCAUCUAUCAAAUCCUGACCUUAAUAUGUAAUCAUGAAUUUAUAUAAAGCACUGUCCAAACUAUAAAACUUCUAUUUGAAAUUAUUAGUAGAAAUAGAAAAACAUACAGAAAGAUUAUGACAAAAUAUGAGAGUGUAGGGAGAUAUGGGAAGGGAAAAUACUCGCCUUAAAAUUAAGAUUAUAAAUACACUAUGUUAGCAUAAUCUACAAUUUUACCACAUGACAGGAGGCUUCAUAUUUUGCAUUUCAACACUAUUCAAUUAGAGAGAAAGAAAUGAGAGAACAAGGGUGGAACUAAAAAACUGGAAAUGUUGUCUCCUGAGAUCUGUUCGCUGAAACGCAUGAUAUCGCCGCUGCACCCCAUACAGAGAACGAAACAAGAUUCGACACCUGCUAAAGUCAGAAGGCAAAGUACGCAUCUUGCGAGAGUAGUCAUAUAGACCAGUUUGUGUGGUCUCGUAUAUGACACAAUGAGCUGACCCGUAGAAAAGCCGCGUAAAGAGGCAGUAAUCUCCAUGUAGUGAAGUAAUGUCUUGACCAUGCAAAGUUCUGUAGGAAAAAAACAGAUUAAAAAAACGUUGCAUAAUUCGUCUUAGUGUGUCUCAAAACCGAAAAAAACACUCCGUCCGGAGUAAAGGUCAAAACGUCAACAUCAAAAGCCUGAUGAGGUGUAGUAACACCGUAAGUUUCGCUGAAAGUUGGCAUAAGGACAGCGAAGCGUUGUCUGGCCAAUCCCGUAAAAAUCGUAGUACCACAUCAAUGUCCCAGAACCUUGAAUAUUUCUGAGCCAGAGGAUGUGAUAAGUGAAUAUCUCUCAGGAUUCUGACCCACUGGAAGGACUCAGACCAGAAUGUGUGCCAUUAAUGGAGCGAUACGAACGUCCUGAAGAGAAUAAAUGAAAUAGGAAAUUCAUGGGAAAAGGUGUCGUAAAGGGAUCGGAGUUUAUCUCCAAACACCAGCUAGACCAUUUGUUUCAGGCUGCAAAGUAACAUCGUCUGGUGCUGGGUGCCCAUGAAUUUCAUAGCAGAUCCUUAGUGACCUGCGAUAAAGCAUCUGUUAACCAAGCCACUAAUUCAAUUCGUUCUUUCAGGAUGAGGGGGUGAGGUUCUCCAGUCAAUAGAAGGGGAUAGAAUGGCAAGAGGAGAGGAUGAUCCCAAGAUAGUUCAAGCAGGUCCGGGAACCAUGCCUGACUCUGCCACAGUGGUGUCAGUAGAAGCAGGGAGAUCCUCUGGGUUCAUAACUGAUGUUUCACCCUCGCCAAUAUGGAAAACGGAGGGAAUCUGGUUGCCAGCAGAAGAAUCUUGGGAGUUGUGGGUUGGUUUGAGAGGUGAAAAGGUAGAUAAUUAGAGGACCCCUGUAUUCAAACAAUUUGUUGAAGAUAGUUAUGUGGAGAUGCCAUUCACUGCCAUAUCUCCAGUGUCAGGAGAAGCAAUCCCCUGUGAGGUUGGAAAUUCCUGGGAGGUAUUCCGCACAUAAUGUUAUGUUGCGGAAGAGACAGAAGUUGGAAAUGUCUUUGGUCAGCUCCUGUAGCAGUUUAUAUAUUGUACCACUGAGUUGACAUGUGCAAUUCGUUUCAGCCUGAAUGUAAAUUUGGACAUCUGAAUUGGCAAAUUGCUGAAUUUUCAAAUUGCCGAAGUGACGAAUUUCAGAAGUGCUGACCCAAAUUGAAUUGCCGAAGUGGUACGCAAAGUUGAAGCAGGUAGAAGGCGGAUGAUGGUUUGGUUAAGCCUUAAUUCCAGAAGCAGCUGGUGGCAUGGCUCCUUUACCAACCAGCCCUGUCAAAAAUCUUGUCCUGGAAGUGGUCUGAAUACUUGUCUCAUAGUCGACUGCACCUUGUUGAGAGUAGUGAACCUUAUUCCUUAUUGGCAAUGUUCAUUAGUUUUGAAUCAAAUCAUAUAAGGGCCACUCUGCGUCUCUCCAUGCAUUAGGUUGCAUUUGUGUUUGCAAACAUACAAAUACUAAGUCGGGAACUGAUUAUCAAUAAACGCCCUUUGAUGACCCAUGUGUGUUCUGAGAGAAGUAAUCCUCAGCGUACGAUUCUUUGACAUACUUGGAGUCUGAGGCAGGCAUGUCUUCCCAAUUAUUCUCCUCAUCCGAUUCGGAGUCAUCUGCCCACCAUUCGUCUAUGACAUGUAGAGAUGUCAAAAGGUUAAGCAUCCUCAUCCUCCAAAGAUACCACUGGUGGGGGUAUCUCCUAUCUUGGAAUAAGUUUGCUGCAUUUAGCAGGUGCUUUUCCUUUUGCCUGAGUGUGUGGCACAGUGAGACCAGCUCUUUGGCAUUUUGUCAGGAAUUGGAGGUCCUUGGAAUGAACCUCAGAGCCCAUGUUGUCUUCUGUGUCUUGUGGUGUCAGCCAAAAAGCCUGCGUGGGAAGGUCAGGCGGCAAUUGUGCCAACAUCUUGGAGAUCACUAUCUCCAUGGAUGCAGCCACUGCAUCGCUGAUCAUCCCCUGGAAGUAUUGGCUUUGUGGAGGGGAGUCCUACAUUGUAAUAUAGUGUCCUGUGGAGUGGAGAACGUAUACUUUAGAACACUUUCUUGUAAGCAAGGCCUGGUGGGGAGACCCCUUGCUCAGCACAAUUGGGGUUUGCCUGGUAUGAGUGUGGGUGUAUGAAAACACCAUUUGGAUAUUGUGUUGUGAGGGCUCAAUCACAAAACUGGUCAUGGAGAGCGGCUUGCCAUGUAAGGGCACAAAACCAUUGUGAAUAUGGAGAGGCAUUUAUAGACACCAAUAGCCAAAGGGGGUUCACCCCUAAGUCCCCAAUGUGUUUGAGAGGUACCUUAUAUACAUUUUAGGUAUGUAUCUCUGGAUAGCCCCUUUAAAUCAUAUUUCAUAUGUGGAUUAAGGAGGUACUGAAAUCAGGGGGCUCACCCCUAUACUUCCCUGUUAAGCCAGAGGCUGGGUUAAGAUCUGUUGGGCAUGUGGGGGCUCUCCCCAAUAGGUUAGCAGGGGCUCACCCCUGCGUGCUGCUGUUUCCCCAGUUGGCACACCAGGCACUCCCAGGGCCGGCGCUUCCUAUAAGGCAAACUAGGCAGCCGCCUAGGGCGCCAUAUAGGACGGGGCGCCCUGGGCCCCCAUCGCCGGCCCUUUAAAUGCCACAGCCUCCUGAGCGCUCUGUAGAGAGUGCUCAGGCGGCUGCCGCACUGCCUCACCUCCCCUGCCCUGUAGCGUGGCCGAGCUCCUCUCCGGUCCGCGACCCGGCCGGACAGACAGGAAGUGCACACUGAGUGUGCACUUCCUGUCAGUCCGGCCGGGUCGCGGACUGGAGAGGAGCUCGGCCACGCUACUGGGCAGGGGAGGUGAGGAGAAGAUUACAGGGAGGGAGGGGGGAGAAGGGGGAGUGGAGAAGAUUACAGGGGGGUGAGAAGAUUACAGGGGAGUGGAGAAGGUUACAGGGAAGGAGGGGGAGUGGAGAAGAUCGAGGGAGGGGGAGAAGAAGAAGAUUAUAGGGGGGGGAAGAGGAGAAGAGAAGAUUAUGGGGGGAGAAGAAGAGAAGAUUAUGGGGGAGAAGAAGAGAUUACAGGGAGGGAAGGGGGAGAAGAAGAGAAAAUUACAGGGGGGGAGGGGAGAAGAUUACAGGGAGGGGGGAGAAGAAGAGAAGAUUACAGGGGGGGAGAAGAAGAGAAAACAGGGGGGAGAAGAAGAGGAAAAAUACAGCGAAGGAGGGGGAGUGGAGAAGAUUGGAGGAGGGGGAGAAGAAGAAGACAGCAGGGGAGAAGAAGAGAAGAUUACGUGGGAGAAGAAGAGAUUACAGGGACCUGGGAGAAGAAGAGGAGAACACAGGGAGGGGGGAAUAAGAGGAGAACACGGGGGCGAGAAGAAGAGGAGAACACGAAGGUGGGAGAUGAGAAUAUGGAGGCGGGAGAGACCCCUAAAGGAGGGAGGGGGCAGUGGAGAGACCACUGGGGGAGGGGGGAGAGGAGAGACCACUAAUGGAAAGGGGGGCAGAGGAGAGCAGAGACCACUAAUGGAAAGUCGGGGAGAAAAGGAGACCACUAAGGGAGGUGAGGGGAGAUCUCUAAGGGAUGGAAGGGAGAGCUCUAUAGGACAGGGGGCAGGACAGGGAGCUCUUUCACACCACGCACACACACACACAAUGCAUCCCUAUACACACAGAAACACAACAUGCUUCCCUUACACACAGAGAAACACACAAUGCAACCCUUACACAUAAAGACAAUGCAUCCCUUGCACAUAUACACAGAAACACACAAUGCAUCCCUUACACACACAUGCAAACACACACUGCUUCUCUUACACACACACAAAAACACAAUGCAUCUCUUACACACACUCAACGCACCCCUUACAGACACACACACUGCAUCCCUUACAUACACAGAAACACACUUUUCAUCCCUUAUACAUACAAACACAGAUUCACACAAUGCAUCCCUUACAUACAACAAGAAACACACAAUACAUCCCUUAUACACAAACACUCACUGCUUUCUAUCCCUUACACAAAAACACACUGCUUCCACUACACACAAGCACACUACAUCACCUACACAAACUGGUAUCCCUAUACACUACAUUCCAUAAGCACACACAUUAGAUCCUCUACAGUAACACAUAACACAUCCCCUACACACUCCACUCCCUGUGAGCGAACUCAUGGGUGGAACAUGUAGGUGGGCUUUGUGGGCAUACUCACUGUCAGGCCCUGGGGCUCAGACCUUGAGCUAUGUAAGACGCCCCAAAAAAUGGAGCUGCUUCCCGUUCUUCCAGAACAUUGAAUUUUGUGACCACAGUUAAUAAUAAAAUAAUAUUAUUAUUUUAAUAUUAUAUUAUUUUAAUAUAAUUUUAUUAUUAUAUUAUUAUUAUUUUAAUAUUUGCAUUAUUUUUAAAAAAAUGGUUUUUUGUCCCCCCACCCUGACCAGGCAAUAAGCAGCGAGGGGGGACAAAAAAACAUUUAAAAAAAAUAAUGCAAAUAUUAAAAUAAUAAUAAUAUUAUUAAAAUAAUAUAAUAUAAUAUUAAAAUAAUAUAAUAAAAUAAAAAAAUAAAAAUAAAAAUGCCCUCCCCUCAUCCAGUUUACACACACUGCACAAACACACACACUGCAUUAUAUACACACACACACACUGCAUUCAUUAUAUAUACACACACAAACACACACAAACACACACUCUGCAUUCAUUCUAUACACACACUGUAAAUAAAUAUUCAAUUAAUGUAAUUUUAUUGGGAUCUAAUUUAAUUUAGAAAUUUACCAGUAGCUGCUGCAUUUCCCACCCUAGGCUUAUACUCGAGUCAAUAAGUUUUCCCAGUUUUUUGUGGUAAAAUUAGGGGCCUCGGCUUAUAUUCGGGUCGGCUUAUACUCGAGUAUAUACGGUAUAUUAUUAGUGACACUAAUCUCUAAUUUACCUCACAUUAAAUGGACACUAUAGUCCCCAGAACCACUGCAGCUUAAUAAAGUUGCUCUGGUGUCUAUAGUUUGUCCCUGCAGGCUUUUAAAUGUAAACACACACUGUGUGCAGUACUGACAUUAGUUCAUAUGGCAUAUUAUAUGGGUGGGGCAUUGCGAUGUCCCGGGGGUCGAGGGGGGGCGGCAAAUCUUUCUUUUGCCUAGGGUGGCAAAAAUCCUUGCACCGGCCCUGGGAACUCCACAAUAUAAUGUACACAGGUAAUGUAACCACAGUAUGCUUAUUUGCCCUCAGACUGAGUAUAUAUGUAUACACAUCACAGUACAUUCCUCAUAAAAAUCAGCAUUUCCAUGUAUUGCAUCUUAAUUACUGUUCAGCAGUUUGUCCACUCCUAUUUUUGGUAUGCCAAGGGGCCUAUUAACAAUUGCAGGCCCAGUGUGGUGUUGGCACUUGAAAAUGUGUUGCAGGCGAUCACUGAUCACCUGUAAGUAAAAACAGAAUGGCCAGCAUUAAUCUCGUGCACCCGCAAGAUUUCCAAGAUGACCACUGCGCAUGAGGACCCACGGGAGUCCACACAGAAACAGGAAAGGGUUAGUGAGUACGAAGCUGCCACCCCAGACAGGAAUUCCUGGUUAGUUAGCAGACAAGCUUUAGAGAUAUAUAGAUGAACAUGUUGGCCGCGGUCCAUGAGCUUAAGGGUAGAAUAGGCUGUCGGGAAAGCCAGGGAGGCUGUAAAAAGGGCCCUAAGACCCAAGGUGACAGAAUAAAUAAUAGGAUUCAUGGAAAGUGAAUGUAAGAAACAAGUAGAGUUAAAUACUGUGAAAUAAUGAAUAAAUCAUAAGCAAAGUACUAUAAUUCAAUACUCUGACCUGUGCCUCUGCUGGAGCAGCAAAGAAGGAGGAGGAGUAGGGGGCAGUCCUGUCUUAUAUGUCAUAUCUCUUGUUUUUGAUUGGUUAGGUUUUUUUUUUUUAUUGAUCUGUGCUGCUGGAGAUUUAUAGUAAAGAAAGUUAUGCAAAAUAUGAAGCCUCCUGUAAUGUGGUAAAAUUAGGGAUUUUUUUCCUGUGUGUAAGCUGGAAUGAUAUGGAAGAAUCUAGUUUAUGAAUCUCUCUGUAUGUAGUUACCUAUUAAUAUACACUAAAAAAAAGCUCUUGCAAAUCAAGUUCAGCCUUUCACAUAUCUUUAUGGUGCUACUGAUCCAGGACUAAUUCAAUUGAAAGCAAUUUCGAUUUUUUUUUCCCCUCACGAUAUCAAACAAUCUUAUUGACUCCAAAAUAGCAGUCAGAUUUCCCAUUGGAUCAACAAGCUGUUCUUCACAAAAAAAUAAAUAAAAAGCCUUGUGAGAAAAUAUACAUAAGUUAGUUUAAUUUGCACGUGUAAACAAAAAUUUAUAUAUUUGUUAGAAGAGUGCUAAUUUGCCACCUCAGCACAUGAAUGGGUGCUUUCUGUUUAAUGUAUAUGCUUAUACACUGAUCAGCCACAACCUUAAAACAACUGAUAAAAACAAGCUAAUACUAUUAAUUAUUUCAUUACAACGGCACCUGCCAAUAGGUGGGAUACAUUAGGCAGCAAGUGAACAGUCAGUUCUUAAAUUUCACGUGUUGGAAGCAGGAAAAUAUGGGCAAGCAAAAAUAAUUUUUUUUGACAAGAGCCAAAUAGUGAUGGCUAGAUGACUGGGUCAGAGCACCUCCAAAACAGUAAUUCUUGUGGGGUGCAGACCGGCAGAGGCAGUGUUAUGCUUUGGGCAAUGUUCUGCUUGGAAACCUUGGAUCCUGGCAUUCCUGUGGAUGUUACUUUACUUUAACAUGUAUCACCUACCUAGAGAAUGUUGCAGACAACAUACAUCCCUUCAUGGCAAAUGUGUUACCUGAUGGCCUCUUUCAGAAAGAUAAUGCACCCUGCCACACUACAAACUUUGUUCAGGAAUGCUUUAAGAAACAUGACAAAGAGUUCAAGGAGUUGCCUUGACCUCCAAAUUCCACAGAUCUCAAUCUGAUUGAGCAUCUGUGGGAUGUGGUGGAACAGCAAAUUUGAUCCAUAAAGCCCCCACCUCGCAACUUGCAGGACUUAAAGGAUCUGUUGCUAACGUCUUGGUGCCAGAUACACCGGACAUGUUAAAAUGUUGUGAGAGCUUUUUAGGAACAUGAGGGGGCCCUACAUGAUAUGGCAGAUGGUUUGAUAUUGUGGCGGAUCAGUGUAUACCGCAAUUUAAAUUCCAUUAGUAACAUUUCCUGGAUAGUUGUUUAUGUAUAUUUUACAGUACAGUAUCAACACAGUAAAGCAAAAAUGAUAAAAAACUAAAAAUAUUAGGGACCAGGGUAGAUUGAGGACACUGCAUUGUUGUUAGAAAGUUUUGUAAUAAUUUUGCUGUUUGAUUUUCGAACAGGUGUAUUCUUCUGUGUGUGCAUGGGUACAAUGAUUUUCAGUAUAGCUGGCUGUGUGUGUUCCUCUUACUUGAUGAAAUUAUCUUACGAGCAAUCUAAAGUUCCAACGUGGAUGAACAAUUGUUUUCUAAGAAAUAUAGCACGUGUGAUGUUUGUCAAAUGUGAUGGUGCCCAAAAAGAUCUGGAAACAGUACACCCCUUGGACAGAGGUGAGUGCUCACAGAAGAAAAAGUGACAGUAUUGGAACCCAUAAUAUAUGUAUGGGAUAACUUCUAUCUCAAAGGCUUGUGUCAAAUAUUCCAAAAUCGUAUAAAUGUAAAAUAAAAAAUGAAAUUCAAAUCUUGUAAUACUUUUUUUUAAUUAAACUAAAAGAAUUUUAAAAUGACAAGCUUUCGGAAGAACUUCCCUUUCUCAAGUCUAAAGCAUAUUUAAACAAAGACAAAAUCCUUUAGACUUGAGAAAGGGAGGUUCUCCAGAAAGCUUGUCAUUUCAAAAUUAUGUUAGUCCAAUAAAAAAGGUAUUACAAGAUACAAAUGUAAUCUGUUAUUUUAUAUAUGCAUCACUGGACUAACACAGCUACAAUCUCUACUCUAACAAAAUUCUUAUGACAUUUGUCAACUAAAUGGCUAAAAAAAAAUCCCAUAAGAAUAUAUGUUUAAAAGUUGGCAAAAUGCAUUUAUUUCUUUGUUCUAAAUAAAAAUAGUUUAGCUUUUGAAAAAUAUAGCGCAGACAGAAAAAAAAAAGUAGAACUUUGUAUCACCUACAAUACUUGGGUUAUUCACUAAAGUGUUAACUGCUGGAAAAAUUCAAAGAAAUUAAAGUGAAUUUCAAAAUAACCACAUAAAUAUAUCCACUUCAGUCAUUUUUAUUUUGGUUCCUUUGGCUAAAAAAGUUAAUUCACUUUGAAUUCCCGACAAUUCUCACUUUAGUUAUUAACACAGAUAUAUACACCUAAGUUUAAUGUCAAUGUUUGAAAUAGGGGAUUUCUUUCUUUCAAACAAGGGCUCAUAUAGAUUUCUCAGUAUAACUGAUUCAACUAUCUUGUGGAGGGUUGUGCAGGCCCUGGCGUAUGGCACACACAGUUUUUUUUUUUUUAAUUAUUUUUUUAAAACUAAUGUUUUAUUAUAUUCCAUUUUCAUUUGACGGAUAGAUUAUACACAAAUCUACGUACCAAGGGGCAUUGUUUUUUUUUUUUUUUUCAAACUAGAGCUCUUUGAUGUCUCUCAAUUACAGUGAUCUGGGCAUUUAAACAUUAAUAACUUUCUGAAGAUUAUGAGAACCUGAGACAAAAUGAAUUCAAAUAUAUUUAUAUUUUAUUUAAGAGUCCUCUAAACACUAAUAAGUUGAUUUAUAAUUAAGCUGGGAAAAAAAUGUUUUCACCAACCAAAGUCAAUAAAAAGUUCUGUGAUAUUUGCUGUCAUGGCUUGUGGUCCUGGUUUCUGAGCUUAAAUUAAUUGAUUAAUUAAGAGUUUGGCUUAUGAUAGAAGAAAACUGAUCUGAACUGCCAUAAGUGCUUAAUUAUAGAGUCAAACAGUAAAAAGAACAUAGCUUUAUUAUAUGUAGUUUAGAAGGAGAUUAGAAGGAGAAGGAACGUAAUCCUAGUUUAUUGCAAAAUUGGAAAGCUAUUUAAAUUAGUAUUUUUUGCCUUCUUUUGGAGCAACAGCAAAAACAGAUCCGAGAAAGGCUGAGCAUGAUGGACUAUUUUCAGCCUAUGUAACUAUGUAAUAUAAUAUGAUAAAAGAUCAAAUUUCAAGUUCUGAUGUGAUUGCUGACCCCUAUGAUUCACUGUUUAGUGAAUAAUUUGUAAAAAGAAAAUAAUAUAAUUUGUUUUUUACUUUUUUAAAUCAUUGGUAAACUUCCUUAACUGUUUCCCAGCUCAGUCAAUGCCCCCUUAACUCUCUAUCACCAGUGUCUCCCUCUCUCAUUUCUUUUUCUCACUACAGUAUUACCACCUCCAAGUACUUCUCCAUCCCAGAGAUUUCAUCCCAGCUGUAUCUCUCAUGAUAUAGAGUCAACCUGGAUCUUGGAUCUGAACUGUUUUUUGGUGGGAUCAUUGUGAUAUGCAAAUGGUUUCACUUUUCUUAGUAAUGGCACCAGAUGAGAUUUACAAAUUAAUGUUAUGGUGCUUGGUGUUUUCCUUUAAAGGACCACUAUAGUGCCAGGAAAACAUACCCUCAGGGUCCCCCUUCCGCCCGGCUCUGGGGAGAGGAAAGUGGUUAAAACUUACCUUUCUCCAGCGCCGGGCGGGGAGCUCUCCGCCUCCGAUCCUCCUCCUCUCCUCCCUUUCGGCUGAAUGCGCACGCGCGGCACGAGCUGUGCGCGCAUUCAGCUGGUCUCGUUUCUUGUUUUUCUAUGGACGCUGGCGUCUUCUCAUUGUGAUUUUCACAGUGAGAAUCACGCAAGUGCCUCUAGCGGCUGUCAAUGAGACAGCCACUAGAGGAUUUGAGGGCUGGAUUAACCCAUUUAUAAACAUAGCAGUUUAUAAGGGUAUAAAAUGGCUUGGUCAUGUACCUCACACAAAAUUAUUUAGUGUCUAAUUUCUCAUAUUUGCAGAUUGUUACAACAAUAAUAACACAAAGAUAAAAUCCCACCUGCCUGAGAAGAGGAAGAAGUUUCAGAAAAAAAUAAAACCUAACCCAGAGAUAAAACUUCUAAGAAAGAUACUGGCAGAGAUUGUGAAGAUCCAUGAGAAGUGGAACACAUCCAUUGACCAGGAUAAUGUGAAGUCCGAGUGGUAUACGGCAGCAGUGGUGUUCGAUCGCCUGAUUGUUAUAGUUUAUCUCAUUAUUGUGAUUACUAUGGUAAUUGUCCUGAUUAUUUCUUGGACACAAUGAAAAGAAACUAGAAUUUAAUAAAGACUUCUG